GCGAAAAUAUUCGUCGAGCAAACAGUUAAUUUUUAUCCGUACUGCAGUACAGUCAAGUUCGAAACGUGUUUCAUUCGAAAAUCCCGAAUAACAUCGGACGAGACUGUUUCCUUCGCUAUUUACGUCCUCAAUGUGAAUCUUCGAGGUACCAUCAGGAUGACCUGGCAACGUUUGACCAAAUUCUUGAUGCGACAUUACGAACGGAUUGAUCAAGCCGAGACGCUUUUCCUACGAAUGAACAACAUUUCAACGAUGAUGAACCAAAUUCUGUUUCUAAUGAUGGCCGAUUUAAUGUAUCUGCCCAAACUUGAUAUGACGUAUCUGUACACGUUAAUGUUUUACAACGUAAUCACUUACUGCGUUAGCUACAUUAAGGAAUUGGUCGAAAAAGAAGAUUGGUCUCCGUUUAUAACUCUCACAGAAAGAUCAAAAAUUAAACAUUUAGCUAUGUCUACUACGAAAAUAGUACUCGAAUGGACGAAAGCUGUUACCUUUAUUGUAACGAUAACAUUUAUGCUCCUCGUAUUUGGCUUGGAACAGGGUCUGAAAAAUUACAAGCCGUCCACGUUUUACACCGUGAUAACAUGGUUAUAUUAUUCAGCGACAGAGAAAGUCUUCGUUGAGACGUAUGUGUCGAUCUUGAAGUUCUUUCAAAUGGAAGCUUUUGAGAACAUGGAAGAACUUUAUGUUCCGGUAAUAUUAAGGUCAUUUACCAUUGGCAUCACAGUUUCGCACGUGUUUAUCCUAUUACCGUCGGUAUCCUGGAGAUUUCUGUUUGUUGCGAGCUACGUGAAUAUUUAUUUGAAAUUGAAGGACCUCUUGCAAAAAUUCGGCCCAUCAUUGGAACGUGAGCGACAAUUUCUGAAUCGCUAUAGAAGAGUUACACCCGAAGAAAUUAAACGUUUCGACGAUGUUUGCGCAGUUUGUCUAUGCAACAUGGCGAAAGCAAGAAUGACGCCUUGUCAUCAUCUGUUUCAUGCGGACUGCUUACGUCGAUGCCUUAAAAUCAGCGAUACGUGCCCUUUGUGCAAAAGGGAAUUAAAAGUUGAAUACGAUUCGAUACCGGAUCAUUGGUGAACGA